GUUUUCUUAAUAAGAAAAAAUUUGUUUAGCUAUUAUUGUUUUUAGUUAUUGAUUCUUUACUAUUUUUCUUGAGGCUAAUGUUUAAUGAAUGAUUUUUCAUUACGAUGGAAAAUCUUCAAUUAAAUUUCAAAGAAUAUUGUUAGGCUAAUCUACUGCUUUAUCAUUUAUGAGAUAAUUCGUCUUUUUUUUUUUUCGUUGUUGUUGUUUUUUGUUUAAUUUAAAAAUUUUGGAUACAGUUCUUUUUAAGUUACGGAAUUUUAGAUUUUACCUUACUUAUGUAUCAGUUAAAAUUCCUUAAAUUAUGUAAUGUGUUCUGAGGUCUUUUAUUGCAACUUUGUGCAAACAUCAGAAUUUUAUCUGCUAUUGCACUGUUUGAUUAGGAAAAGUUUUUCAUUUCAUGGGGAGGAAAACAGUUGUUUGGCAUGUGAUGCAGACUUGAUAAAUUUAUGAUAAGGUUACCUAUUCUUUCUUGUUUUAUAAACUGCACACUCAUUGAUGAGAUAUCAGUUUGGUAAAAUUUUGCAAUAGCUUUGAAGGGUUUUUAUUAAGUAGCGUUGCUUGUUCUUUCUUCCUUUUCAUUAGAUCAGUUCAUAUAGUCAACAUAUAAUAACACUGUAUUUGAAAAAACGGCAAGAGGCCGGUAGUUUUGAAACUUUGAUCCAAAAUGAAGAUAUGCUUACUGUUAAUAUUUGUAUUUAUUUUGAAAGUAUCUUCAGCAUUUUCAGAAAGUGAAUAUCAAGGUAAUGAUUUUUUAAUAAAUAAAAUAGAAAAGGACAGUUUUUCGAAUUAUGAUCUUUUAAGAACUUUUGGGGACAUAUCGGAGAGAGUAGAAAAAUCUGUAAAACUGAAGUCAGAAGUUGGCCAUACCUUUAAUUCUUUUGAUAUAGGGGAAUCGAGUCUUCCUUAUGAUGAUGCAAUAUAUUUCCAACUGCAGAACUAUUCUUUCUUUAAAAAUAGUUCAAGUAAAUGUCAUCAAGACUUAAUGUACACUCUACAGAAUGUUGGUAAUCUGCAGAAUUCAUGGGCUUCGCAAAUGAUUGACUCCAGUGGAAAACCAGAAAGUGGAAUUUUACAAGGUAAUUUAAGAUGGUAUGGUGACUAUAAUGAAUGCAUAAAUGUAUAUGCUCCUCCUCAAGUGAAUACGAGUGCUGGAAAUUUCCAUGGAAAAUAUUGUACCCUUCAGUGGUCAGCUCAGCUAUCAAACUUUAGUUUAGCAGUCACUUCAGGGGUAUGCAUUCCAGAUACAUGUAGCUCAUCAAUUUUAAAAGAUGAUUUCAAAGAAAUUUUAGAAGUUAUCAAAGUUAUUCCAGUACUAAACAAGUUUGAUAAAGUACUGAAUAUUACUGAUUUGAAAUGCAAUCCAUCUUCAAAGAAACUGAAUUCUUCUGCAAUAGCUGUCAUAUGCUUGAUAUCAUUCUUCAGCUUAUUGGCAGUACUAGGGAGUUCUAUAACAGCAUAUGAAUAUUUUUGCCCUAAAAAUGUGCUAUCAAGGAAAUGUGCAUAUGAAGGUGGUGAUCAAGAAGAAGUUUCUGAAAAAAGUAACAUUAGUAUAAAUACAAUAGAAAGCAACAAUACCCAUAGUGAUCAAUAUAUUUUAUACCAUGAUGAAGAGAAAAGUAUAUUUCACAGAAUUCUUGAGAAAUGCAAGCCAUUUCUUAAGUGUUUUUGUGUAUUUAGCAAUGGUUCUAAAUUGUUGAAUACUAGUGGAACUGAAGGGCAGUUGCUUUGUAUACAUGGAAUUAGAUUUUUGAGCAUGACAUGGGUCAUACUUGGUCACACCUAUGCAUUUUGUUUUGCUUCUAUAAAAAGUCCUCUGGAAAUCAUGGAUUUUAUCAGAAACUGGCCUUUUCAGAUAGUACUUCAAGGAUUUUACUCAGUUGAUUCCUUUUUUGUAUUAAGCGGAUUUCUUCUCACUUACCUUUUCUUACAAGAAUUAAGCAAAAGAGAAGGCAAAAUGUCUUGGAUUUAUUUUUAUGUCCACAGAUAUGUAAGGCUUACACCUGUGUAUAUGAUAACACUUGCAUUUUCUGCUACUGUUUAUUAUUAUCUGGGCUGUGGCCCAUUUUGGCCUGAAACAGAAAUAGAUCCUAACUGCAAAAAUUAUUGGUGGUGGAAUUUGCUUUAUAUAAACAAUUUUCAAAAAUCAGCUGAUCAGUGCAUGGCUUGGAGCUGGUAUUUGGCCAAUGACAUGCAGUUUUUUGUUAUCAGUCCUUUAUUUUUAUAUUCCUUGUGGAGGUGGCCCAAAAUUGGCUAUUCACUCCUUGCAUUGUCUUUGUGUGUAACAGGUUUGGCCAAUUUUUUCAUCACUUACCACUAUAAGUUAAUUACUGGACUCAACUCUGUUCUUUCUGCAGAUCUCACUAAUGCUUUGCAAUUUAUGGCCAAAUUUUCUGAUUACUUUGAAAAACUGUAUAUAAAACCAUACACAAGAAUAGGUCCGUACUUAGUCGGAAUGUUUUUGGGAUAUUUGCUAUUUAAAUCCAAAAAGAGCAACAGAGGCAAAGAUAAUUGGAUCUUUUUAUGUUGUGGGUGGAUUGUAGCUUCAGCUAUUACAUUAGCUUCUGUUUAUGGCUUAUACAAAAGCAACCCAUCUUUACUGGCAACUAGUUUCUACAAUGCUUUCAAUCGAAUAUGUUUUGCUGGAGGAUUGGCUUGGGUUAUUUAUGUUUGCCUCACAAAGCAAGCAGCUGUUGUUGAUGGCAUUCUUUCAUACAAGUUUUUCAUACCGUUAAGUAGAUUGACAUACUGUGCUUAUCUUAUUCAUCCCAUGAUUCUGACGGGCUAUUUUUCAUCUCUCAGAAGUCUUCUCGUUUUCUCUCAUGCAACCAUGACCCUGUACUAUUUAGGAUUCUUAGUUGUAACAUAUGGACUAGCUCUACCCGUAUCUCUGAUAUUUGAAUCUCCGAUUAUUUGCUUAGAAAAGUUAAUACGAAGUAAAUUUCCAAAAACAGAAACAAGACUUUAAUGUAGUCAGAAUUUUAAGUUUUUUU